AUGGUAACGCAGCCUGACACUGGAGGGGUGUGCUGUGGACAGAGAGCAGCGCCUGUGCCCGUGCCCGUGAUGGAGGAGAUUAGUGACACAGCACUGCUGGUCACCACCUCUAACCAGCCAUCUUUGGUAUCCCAACCUCAGACCCUCCAAACAGCCCCCAACCACAUUCACCCCAGCUUCCAACAAAAACAAGCUGCUGACUCCCUCAUCCAGGUCAUCCAGAAGCUCAGCAAAAUUGUCGAGAAACGCCCCCAGCGUUGCCGCACUUUAGCCGGACAGAAACGACUGCUCUACGAGGCCUCAACCAGGGUUCCGGGAGGCUCCACUUACAGUAAAACUCGAAAAACCUGCAGGGAAGAAGAAAGCUGCGUGAGUGCUGAUACUGACGACGAUGUGUGCGUGUCGGGUGACCGCAACAACAACACCACCACCACCUCCACAUCCGUAACAGAACUCUCUGAUAACUCUAUCAGCUCUGAGCUCAAGCGGACUGUGACCUGCUAUCAGUGCAGCCUCUGCCUUUAUCUUUCCCCCACCCUAAGCCUGCUGAGAGAGCACCUCAAACAGCACGAUGAGAACCACAGCGACCUCAUCCUCAUGUGCUCGGAAUGCCGCUUCACCUCCCAAGACCAAGAACAGCUCGAGGCCCACGUCAAACUGCAUUUUGACGGUAACCCUUCCACUCCGCAGCACAAAGGAGGCGGCGGUUCCAAUGAGCUUUCACAGAAGAAGUGGUAUAGUCACGAGGAGUACGGCCUCUAUCGCUGUCUGAUCUGCAGUUACGUCUGCAGUCAACAGCGAAUGCUCAAGACGCACGCAUGGAAGCAUGCUGGGUUGGUGGACUGCACGUAUCCAAUUUUUGAGGAUGAAGAAGGGACGGCUGCCAGAAAGGAAACUCAAAUUUCCACCAACCGAGAGGAAGUUGUCCUUCUUUCCCCUUUCGGCAUCCAAGAUCAAAGUGAGCAACCCGGCCUUAAGUUGCAGUUGUGCGUGCCGUUUGCCGCGGAUAACGAGCUGAACAUGUCAACCCAGAUACAGCCUAAUAUUGUGAAAAUGGAGCCGGAGUUGAAGAUCAUAAACAGCGAUCCCAACAGCGCUGGACACAUCAAUGUGAUUGUGGAGCGAUUGCCUUCUGCUGGGGACGCGGUUUUGACCACAAACCCUCUCCUCCUAACGCCAGACGAAGACAGAGACACGACUUUACUGAGUGCAUCGGACCAUGUCGAUGUGAAGGUAAAGGUAGAGGUCGAAGAGGUAGACGUAGCUGUAGCCAAAAGUACUGCAUCCGCUGUCACCGACUCCCCCAAGGAUGAAAACAUACCCCCCACGGUCAGAAAGAGGACGCACUCAGAGUCGUUGCGUCUGCAUUCGCUCGCAGCCGAAGCCCUCGUGGCCAUGCCCAUGAGAAUGCCCGAGCUGACCAAUCCAAACGAAAGUCUCGGGCAGAAACUGGCAGAGGAGACGAGCGGGGGGAAGGCGGUCAAACCCAAACUAGAACAAAGCUUGGGGUCACUCGGAGAGGGGGACGAAGAGGUGACCUGCACUAAAGCGGCAGGCAUCAGUCUGUCUCUACUCACGGUUAUCGAGAGACUGAGGGAGCGUUCGGACCAGAACACGUCGGACGAAGAUAUCCUCAAAGAGCUACAGGAUAACGUGCAGGUGCAACACGGAGCAACCAUUGGCGAAGCGACGGGGAACGAAUCCGCGAGCUACGUGGAUGAAAUAGUAUCGUCUUCGGACAACAGCCUGGUGGACUAUAUCGAGGGCAGCGACAGGCCGUACAGGUGCAAGUUGUGUCAGUACACCAGCGGCAACAAGGGCUACAUCAAGCAGCAUCUGAGAGUACACAAGCAGCGGCAGCCGUACCAGUGUCCCAUCUGCGAGCACAUUGCCAUGGACAGUAAAGACCUAGAGAGUCACAUGAUCAACCACUGUAAGACUAAGAUGUACCAAUGCAACCAGUGCCCGGAGUCCUUCCACUUUAAGAGAAUCCACAGUCCAGAAGAAGCAUUGGCGACUGAGAAGGCGACCAAGGGGGAAGAAGCGUUUCGAGUUACAGACAAUGAGCACAAUGACCAGAAAAUGUACAAGUGCGAUGAAUGUGAAUAUACCAGUUCCACCUAUCUCGGCGUGAGGAACCACCGGAGGAUACACAACUCGGACAAACCCUAUCGGUAA